AUAUGAUGAUCACUCAGGUGGUAACCAUUUAGGAGAACAAGAGGAACUGUGACUGUUGUUUUGGGUUUGCAGUAUCACUUAGCAUCUGCCCCCUGUUGGCUUUGCCAUACCAGCAUGUGUGCACCAACCUAUUUCUAGACCCAUUUAUCACCCUUGUCCAGUCACAAGCUCACAGUCUCUUUGCCCUGCACCCUUACGGUCCCUUCUCCCUCUUGUCUCACUGUCAGACUUUCUGAAUAGCCAGAAACAUCUACUCCCUCUUUUUUUUUUUUUAAAACAAAGGAUACCUUCACUUUUUUUUCAGUAUGGCUGAUCGCACAGUUCCCCACGCAUACCCCAUGAGUGUUAAUUAUGAGAUGUGCACUCCUGCUCGGAUAUAUGACCAGAACUUUGCAGAAGCACUAAGUCCUCAGGACCUGAUGGCUCCGGUGCUGUACCAUGGAUAUUACAUCCGUCCUCGUAUCAACAAACAGCUGGAGAGGGGCUUCUCGCAGGUGGACAGUGAGGACGACUGGUACCGUGUACUACUAGACGUCUGUCAGUUCACGCCGGAUGAGCUGAGUGUGCGAACUGUGGACAACCUACUGGAGGUGACUGGGCGCCAUGCGCAGAGGAUGGACCAACAUGGCUUUGUUUCCAGAGAGUUCACACGCACCUACAUCCUUCCUAUUGGUGUUGACCCACUGCUGCUGCAAGUGUCGAUAUCUCAUGAUGGGAUUAUGUGCAUCCAGGCACCAAGGAAGGUCCAAGAUCUAGAGUCUAAAAUCAAUGAGCUCAAGAUCAAAGUGGUAAAGAAGGGAAGGAAGAGCUGCUAAAAUGGACCGCCAAGUUCAAUUUUUUUUUUUUUUUUUUUUUUUUUAAACAGGGUAAAAGUAAAGCAACACCCAGACUGGGUGGGCAUGGUUUAUACUUGAUUUUUUUUAGGUUUCACAUCCAUUGAGGCAUAGAUUACUGAGAAAAUGAUGGUGGCUGACAAUAACUUCUUAGAGUAGGACUUUACUAAAUAUACUAAAUAUACUUUUAGAUAAGGGGUGAGAUUCGCAAUUUUCCAAUGGCGCAGCAUCCGUUAAUUUUUGGCCAUGCCUUCUGUCUGGCAAUUUAAAUUUCACCAAGUGUCACUAACAAUGGCCUGAUUUAUCAUACAAAGAAAUGUAUUUAUUAAAACAAAAAGUUUGUAUCCUUACAAUUUUUACAAAGUUCUCACUUUCAGGGAAAUGUAAAGGGAAAGAUUAUUCACAACUACCAUGUAAAAAGUUCACACUUGUCUGAUUAGAUGGUGAUGGUAGCAUUUUCUUCUUCUUCUUCCUUUUAUUUAUUUAUUUUUUAAUUAAACCUGCCUGACAAGUG